GAAAAAUCCAACGGAAAAGGCAAAGAGAGAACAAUGUGCGGCGGCGCCAUCCUAGCGAAGCUGAUCCCGCCGACGCCGCCGUCGGCGGGCCGUGCCCCGAAGCAGGUGGCCGCGGGCGGGGUCUCGCCCAAGAAGGGCGGCAUGAACAAGACGCACCACAGCAGCACCCCCGAUGUCGACGACUUCGAGGCCGCCUUCGAGGACUUCGAUGACGACUUCCACCUGCAGGCGGAGGAGGACGGCGACGACCAUGUCGUUUUUGCAUCCAAACCUGCCUUCUCCCCGGCCUACGAUGAUGGCCGCGCGGCGCAGGCGGCGAGCAGGAAGAAGAGCGUCCGCCGCCUCCACGGCAUCCGUCAGCGGCCGUGGGGCAAGUGGGCGGCGGAGAUCCGCGACCCGCACAAGGGCACCCGCGUCUGGCUCGGCACGUUCGACACGGCCGAUGAUGCCGCCCGGGCCUACGACGUCGCCGCCCACCGCCUCCGUGGCAGCAAGGCCAAAGUCAACUUCCCCAACGGGACCAGGGCUGGGGCGCGCCUGCAACGUGCCAGCCGGAGAACCGCUUCGAAACGGCAGUGCCCCCCUGCGCGGACGACGGCGUACUCUGCUGCACACGCACAGAAGGAGCGGGACGCUAUGGUGGCCAAGCCUGAGCUGAUGGAGUCUUUCGACAUGGACGCCUUCGUCGACCUGACCACUGCUUUCACCACGCUACCGCCUGUCAUGGCAAGCUCCUUCGCCGACACUGGCGCGAAGAAGCCGAUGGUCGAUGAGGAUUCGUCGGAUGGGAGCGGCGGCGAUGCCAUGCUGGGGUUCGAUCCGUUCAUGCUGUUCCAGCUCCCCUGCUCGGACACGUACGAAUCCAUCGACAGCCUCUUCGCCGGCGACGCCGUCAUCCAGGAUGCCCUCGGCGUGGACAGUGGCAUGGAGGGCGUCAGCCUCUGGAGCUUCGAGGAGUUCCCCAUGGACAGCGCCAUUUUUUGACGUUUCCGUGCGAUGCGCCCGAUCGGUUGAACGAAGGGCGCAGCCGAUGCAUGGCUGCUGCAUGAUUGCUUCCUUGAUGAAUGCAGAUUCGUCGGACUGUAUGUGCAUAUGUACUGCUGGCCGCCUGUAUCAAACUGUAUUGUACUCUGCCAUGAUUUGUGCUAGUCUUUCCUACUGUUGGUCAAUAGUCCUACGAAUUGAUCAUGUCGGCAGUGCCGUCUAUGAUUGUGCUUGUGCUUGCGGUUGUCAAUUCCAAAUUAGUUUUAUGAACCUGGUUAUCUUGUGUCAUGUUGAGUUGGAUUGUAAAUUUAUUAAUUCAGUUCAGGGCUCUUUGAUUCAAAGGAUUCUUAAGGAAUUUCGGAGGUGAUUCGUCGGAUUAAAAUCCUUAGGAAUUUUUCCUUUGGAUUCAUUUGUAUUGGUUUUCAUAGGAAAUUUCGUUCCA